AUUUAUAAGAGUUUCUUAAAGGAAGAGAAAAGCCCUUAUACACUUAUUGGCCACUUUAUUAGGAACAGCUUCUUAUAAAUGUGAUAAUCUAAUCAGCCAAUCAAGUAGCAGCAGUGCAGUGAAUAAAAUCAUGCAGGGUUUUAUUCAUUGCACUGCUUCAGAGUCUCACCCAAACUGGACAGUUGAAGAUUGGAAGAACAUCACCUGGUCUUUCUUCUAUCUUCAGUUGUCUGCUUUCGAUAAGUCUGAGAUUCGUGUUCUUUGCUGACAGAAGUGGAACCCGAUGUGAUGAUCUGCUGUUGUAGCUCAUCUGCCUUACGUUUUGAUGUGUUGUGUGUUCUGUGAUGCUUUUCUGCUCACCAUGGUUGUACAGAGUAGUUAUUUGAGCUACUAUAGCCUUCCUGUCAGAAUGACCCAGUCUGUCCAUUCUCUUCGGACUUCUCUCAUCUACAAGGAGGUGCUGCUUACUCGAUUUUUUUAUUAUUAUUAUUAUUAUUUUUUUUUUUUUUGGGCACCAUUCUGUGCAAACUCUGGAGACUUGUGUGAAAUUCUCAAACCAGCCUGUCUGGCACCAGCGACCAUGCCACAAGUAACUGAGAUCACAUUUUUCCCCCAUUCUGAUGAUUGAUGUGUAUAUCAUUUGGGAUUAGGGUUAGAUUCGUGUUUUGAUUCUGUUUGUUUCUGAAUUGCUAAAUGUUCUCAGAGUAAUAAUGCUGGAAAUUUCCCAAAUUUAAGACAAAAUUUCCCAAAUUUAAGAAAAAAUUAGGUAACUGAUACCCUGCGAAAUCUUUUUCCUCCACCGCCGGCUGCUCAUGUACCUUUUUCCCAGAUCGUCAUGAUGGAGGAAAGCUGAGUGCUGAGGAGGUGAAGCAGAUACUGAAGAUGAGUGAAUGCUUUGUGACAGUGUCUAUUGGGAAUUGAUUGAACUGAACUAGAAAGGGCUACCUGUUGCAAAACUGCAUAUGUGCUGAUUGCAGUGUGUCAACCAAAGCUAUUUAAGUACCAUUUGUACUUUUUAAAAAAAAAAAAGGACUUUUGACCAAGAGCCUACUCAUGCAGAAGAAGUUUGUGGUUUAUGGUCCACAAACCAUGCAAGGUUUAAAACAAAUGGAGUCUCUGCUGCGCAAUAAAAACCACUGCUGUAAUAUUCAGGGAAACUCCAUGUGCUGAUUAUUAGGCUGUAAAUAUAUUUGUCAGGUCUCGCUUGCAGUGUGUAGGGGCAGUGGUGGUCUAGUGGUUAAGACGCUGGGCUCCUGAGCAGAAGGUCGGAGGUUCAAACCCCAGCACUGCCAGAGUUAGGCUCCUGAGCAAGGCCCUUAAACCUCACUUUCUGCCGUAUCAUGACUGACCCUGCAUUCAGACCCUAACUUCCCGGCAUGUUGGGGAAAGAAGGUCACUGUACUGUGAAGUAUAUGUGACAAAUAAAGGCUUCUUCUAUUGUCUAAAGUCACAAUGCGGGAGGUUCUGGGCGCAUCAGUGUAUUGCGUCAUCUCCCCAUGGCAACGCGCUCAGCUCACUAAGAUUCCUGAGCACUGCAGCAGAGCUCGCGCGGAGCAAACACGGAUUUUCUUUAAAUAAUAAACUGUACUGCUGUUUUCAUUUUGGAGGCAGUUUUAACGCCAUGACUGACGGCUUGCUUGGCGUGGUGUCGGAGGCAGAACGCAACAGCUUUCCAACUCUGUCUCAGCUGAGCGAGAACGGUAAUGUCCUCUCAGCAGGAACCACUCAAGCAAGUUAACAGUAGAGGUAGUUGGGUUUGUUAUUAUAGUCUGUUAUUACAAGCCUAAAUUACUCCUUUAGCUGGAAGCUGAGCAGCUGAAAAUCUCCUGGAGGCAAAUGAAUAUCCAAGGAAAUAACCAAAGUAUCCAUAUAGGAGUAAUAUAAACAUUCAGAGUGACUUAUAUUUCAGUUAGUACAAGUCAUUAGUAUCUAUAAAUAUCCUUGUCUCAAAAGAUUCAAUAAGUAAAUAGGUUAAUUGAUACUUGCCUUAAAUAAACUAAAAUCACAGAUCAUGAACUCACUAAAGUAAAUAGUGUGUUAGAAGUGUUAGAUAUUGGGAGUAUAAUUUAUUUAUAAGAGCUGCCUUGAUGAAAAGACCAUCAUCACCAGCUGAUAAGCUCUUUUCCAGCUUCUUUAUUACUUGUGUAAAUUGAUUAAUAAUGGUGUGAGAGUCUCUCAGCUUACUUUUGUGUUAUAUUCUUUAAAAAUAUCUCUACGAUGUUGCAUCAGUAGUAGCCGUAAUUCAGCAAAUGUUUCCUUGGAACAAUGGUCUACUAGUUUGAGCAGCUGGAGAUGUGUUUCUGAUAGAUGGUCAGAACAAGCUGGGUUUUUCAGUAGAAACUUUUCUAAGAAAAGUAAAGGUUACAAACAAAGGAAUACAUAAUUAAGGUGGGUGCAAAUACUUUGAAUGGGUCCCCAUGAGAUCUUUAAGUACAUGGUGAAGUAUUUCCAUUCCUUUCCAGCCCUAUAUGAUUAUUAAAAUAUGAUUUAAUGGCUAUUUAUUAGGAAUAAGAAAAAUGAACACAAGAAUAUACAGUGGAUUUAGUGAGGUAAAAAAAAAAUUAAACCAAGAUCAAUCAUGACAGAUCAUUUUCCACCUUUAAUGUAACCAACCAACAAAAUUAAAAAAAACAAAAACAAAAAAAAAACAAAUAGAAACGGUUUGGCGGAGAAAAAACAUACAAUAACUCGGUUGCAUAAGUGUACACACCCUUUUAUAAUGGCACGUGUGACUGUUCUGAGAACGAACCAGUCACAUUCAAACUCAUGUUCAGAAGUAAUUAUCAUACAUCCGUCAUCAGUGAAGUGAUUCUGAUUGACCCCAAAUAAAGAUCAGCUGUUUCUGUAGGAUUUUCUUGACAUCUUCUUGGUUUCAUCUUACUGCUGAAGCCAUGGUCCUCAAAGAGCUUUACAAACCAUGUGCGGGAUCUCACUGGCAAAAAGUAUCGAUCAGAAGAGGAGUACAAAAUAACUUUUAAAACAAGUUUGUCCUUUAUCAGAGACCAGUCUUCAUCUUAACUGAGAAACUUUGCCAGUCUCACGGCCUUAAACAGACCAAACCUCUCGCUGCAGAUGUGGAUAACAUUUGGGCAAAUGUGUCAGCUUUCAUCGAACAGCAAAUGUCUAUGCAAAAGGGAGUGUGCAUUGCUGGCCUUGGAGUGUUCACCUUCUCCCAGCAGAAGCUGGAUGUAGGCAACAAGUAUGUCCUUUAUCAGAGACCAGUCUUCAUCUUAACUGAGAAACUUUGCCAGUCUCACGGCCUUAAACAGACCAAACCUCUCGCUGCAGCAGGGGACAUUCCAGUGGUGCAGCUCAAUUUCACCGCCCUGAGCAUGGACAGCCCGUUCGAGCGUGACGUGGUGGAGGGCUGUGUGAGGGAGAUGCUCCUCUUGCUGCUACGUGCUGUGGCUGCCCAGCGCACUGUCUUCCUUAUCUUCAGGGGCAUUGGCAUCCUCUCAAUCCGACACAGCAAUGUCAAGAUGAAGUUCUACCGCGACUUCAUCUCGAGCAUGGAUGGCUCAGGCACACUCCUCUGGGCUCUGACCAAUAGACCUGGAACGAGCAUCUCUGUAGUCUCUGGGAAACUCUCAAGCCUCCAGCACCCUGGGAGCUGCAAUGCUAUCACAUUCCCCAAAAUCUCAUCAGGAAAGGCACUGAGAGAGGAGGAAGAGGAGAAUGAAGGUUCUGCGCCUAAGCUGUAUGAUAGACAAGAGGAGAAUCGGAAAGAGUCCAGGCUUUCAGCACAGCCUGAAUUCAAGCCAUCCACAGCCAAAGCAAAUGGAAACAUCUCAAGUGAUAACCAAGAGACUGAGUUCCCAUUAGAAACGAUGGAAAGACAUGCUAAAGCCCCACAGCCACUAGAUGGCACUGCUGAAAAAGUAGAAGUGAAGCAAGAAGCUGCCUACCCCAGUCAGUCAUGCCUCGACCACACCCGAGCUGGACAGGAGCUAUGCUACCUGUGUAUGCAGCGAGCCCAGCGUAAUGUUCCACUGUAUCUGACAGAGGAGAGACGCAGACAGGACAAGGAAGAGGAGAAACUGCUGCUGCUCGCUCAGAAACACAAAGAUGAGCAGUUCUUACAGACAGAACAAGCCAAGCAAGAGCAGAAACGGCAGGACAAUAAGAAGAUGGCAGCAUUUAAUCUCGGGGUCGCUGAAACACUGAAGGCAAAGAAGUCAGCAAAGUCGUCCCAGUUUGAGGGCUCGUACGUCUUGGGUAGACGGCCUGUCACUCCUCCCAGGCUUCUGAAGCAGAGGUUCUACAUGCAGGAAUUGUCAGAGCAACUGACCCAGCGGAGGCUGAACCACUCACAGAGAUGCCAAGACCAGGAGCUCUCUGAGCAGCUACACCAAAUCCAGCUAGCUGAUGAGUUUGCUAAACUGAAAGCUCAGGAACACGUCCAGAAAAAGGAGAAAAUCAAGAGGCUCCAAAAGGCCCUGGAUAUCCAACUGGAACGCCGGAAUCCAGGCCUCCCUGCACGUCAGCCUGACUCGGACGGCCCUGUGUUUGGGGUGAGGGAUGGUGCUCCAGCCUUUCUGGCUGAACAAAAGGAGAGAGCACAAAAAGUUUGUGAAGAGCAAAUAAAGGCAGCAUGCAGCAAGAGGAAGGAGGCACUGUGCAGCUGGCUGAGUGAGCAGAGAAAGGAAAGAGACAUGCUGCAGCGCAACCACCAGGAACUGAUAGCAGAUCGGAUCGCCAGUUAUGAGAGGCUGAAGAACCUGAGGACUGCACUAGAAGACACAUGGUCUCGCAGCGCUGACCUGAAACACUGCCGAGAACUAGAGGAGAGCGCUUUCAUUAGGUCUGGCGGCAGGCUGCUGUUAGAUCAGUGUGAACAGUACCGCCGCUGUUUCCAGUGCAAGAGAAAAACCACCAACUGUGGUGAGAGCAACAUCUGGAAGGAGUCCCACUACAUCCCCGGCUCCCGUCUGAUGGUGUAGCCUCCUCUAACACUACUCUAGAAUAAACUAAAAUACUUGAAGUUCUGGCACACUUGAAUGUGGCUAUAUCUGUUUGGUAUCUGGUGUGGAUGCUGAAGCCUGUGCUGAGGGAUUUCUUCACACUAAAAGUCAUAAAGAUACAAAUGUCCUGCUGUGUGUCAUUCUUUUAAUGGCCCAACAUAAAAAGUCACAAAGUUUUAAAAAAAAUAAUAAAUCUGUGGCAUAUUUUGUUAACACUUUACUAUAAGAACUACAAAUUAACAUUUAUUAAUAACGAAUUAAUACACACCAAUUCCUGGAGCAUUAGGAAAUAAUGAACCAUAUACAUUAUACCUCAUAUACCUCAGACAUAAAUAUUACUGUUAUUAAAGUAUUAACAUGAUGUUAAGUCAUUGUCUUAAUUAAUAUCAUGACUUGCAGUAGUAGUAAUAAAGGUCAUUUACCUUAAUUACAGCCUUUUUGCACACAACAUAUGUAAUCCUGGAAAAUUGCUAUAGUUUAAGGGGAAUAAAACACUACAGGACAUGCUGUAAAGGGAAAAAUAAUCAAACUGAUUAUUUUUCUACAACGUCAUGUUUUAUUAUUUACUUAUAGUAUGUGAUUCCAUUAAAUUUUCUUUUCUUUUAACAAUGUACAUUGUUGGAAAGCAGCUUUAUCGAAAUCCAGAUAUAGAUUUAGCUCCCUAAUGAGCAAGAGAUGACAGUGGCAAGGAAAAACUCCCUGAGAUGACAUGAGGAAGAAACCCUCAGAGAAACAAGACUGAAGAGAGAACCAAUCCUCUUCGGGGUGACACCAGACAGAGCGAUUAUGAGUCAAUACUCUUCCACAAAUGUAUACCAAUCAGCCAUAACAUUAAAACCACUGACAGGUGAAGUGAAUAACACUGAUUACCUCCUAACAAUGGCACCUGUCAAGGGGUGGGAUAUAUUAGGCAGCAACAAGAGAACAAGAGGUAUGCUUUUGCAGAUCUGCACCUUUACUUAAGAGAAAAUUUAAACUUAAAUUUACACUUAAAGACUGAGACUGUGUCUGAGUCCCGAACACUAAUUAAUAGGCUGUUCCUUAACUGGGGGAACUUUGUAAGAGAAAGCUCUGCCUGACCAUCACACCUAUAUGUGCUUUUUGAACAUCUCAUUCCAGAUUUAGUCUCCCACUAUUCCAGAUUUAGUCCCCUACUAUUAUAAUAACCUCCACUCUUGUGGGAAGGUUUUCCACUAGAUUUUGGAACAUGGCUGCGGGGAUUUACGGUCAUUCAACCACAAGAGUAUUAGGUCAGGCGCUGAUAUCACGCAAGGAGGCCUAGUAUGUAGUCAGCAUUACAGUUCAUCCCAAAGGUGUUCAGUGGGGUUGAGGUCAGGGGUCUGUGCAGGACACUCGAGUUCUUCCACUCCAAUCUUGGCAAACCAUGCCUUCAUGGAGCUUGAAUUGUGCACAGGGGCACUGUCAUGCUGGAACAGGUUUGGGCCUCUUAGUUCCAGUGAAGGGAAAUUGUAAUGCUGCAGUAUACAAAGACAUGUGUUACAGUUGCGUCCUUCCAACUUUGUAGCAACAGAUUUAGGAAGAGCCAUAUGGGUGUGAUGGUCAGGUGUCCACAAGUUUUUGCCCAAAUACUGUAUAUAUACACAGUGUUAAGAUUUCAUUUAGAACUAGGGUACUGGAAAGGAAAAAUACCCUAAAAGUAUUUUAAAGUAAAACAGAAUAGUCUCAAUCUGUUUUAUAUUAUAGCAUAUAAUUUGGGUUAACCUUCAUUGUUUCCAAACACACCCUUCAUAAUGUAAAUGAUCUUUAUUAAUACUGCAAGUCAUGGUAUUAAUUAACAGAAUGACUUCACAUUAUGGUAAUACUUUAGCAUUAAUAAUGGCUAUUUACACUGAGUAUGACUCAGAGGCUGCUAAUGUAUAACAUAUGCUUCAUUAUUUCCUUAUGAGCUAAGGAUUAGCGAAUGUAUUAAUUCAUCAUUAUGAAGGCAUUAGUUAAGUGAUAUAUGCUUAUUUGUGGACCCUACGGAAAGGUGUUUCCUGUAUUUAUAAGAAUAUUACACUUAUAAUCUUUUGGUGUUUUAGGAGAGCCCUGUUUGUUUUUGACCCAAAUGCAUUAUAAAAGAGAGACAGCCUUGGAGAUUGGAGAUGGCAGACAGAAAGCAGGCACUGGCCUGGACAAGCAAACGUGCAGGGUUUAUUUGGUGCUUACACAGCGCAGGCAUAAAUUGCCGUGGAAUGUGGCCCUUAUCAUGUGUGUCUGUGUGUUUGUGUUUGUGCAUUCUUGUGCUUUAGCUGCUUGCUUGAGAGAGAAGCGAGUGUAUGCGCUGAAUAUAUUUUCUCUCCACUAAUCAGAGAUUAACAACAACAACAACAACAACAACACUGUUGGAUUUUUAUUUCAACAUUAUGAUACACAGUUUGUGGGUUUGCCAGUGCUGCAGAUUUAUUUUUCAGUUUGUGUGGGUGUGUGUGUGUGAGAGACAGAGACAGCAGGAGUGUGCUAGAUAAUAAAAACCUAAUGAGAGAGUGUGUGUGAAUGGUAUGUGCAAUUAUAGAUAACUGGAUUAUCCUCAGUAAACUGUCCUCUCUGUGGAACUAAACGUAGCAUUUAAAGUAUCUUAUGAUAUAAUCAUGACGUUGCAUCAUCAGGAUUGGUGUAUUAUCAUUCCAGGGAGACCAACAAAUACUGUCACUCAUUGCAUUUGAGAGGUUAAUGUUGACCUGCCUUGGUCAGGCUUAUUGUAAAUAUAAAUAACAACUUAUUUGUAAUAUUUAAAUGUAGCUAAUCCCUAAAGAAUGACAGCUUGUGUUACCAAACCUGCAACCCUGUUAUCUAUUUUAGGAUUGCACAACCCUUUUUAGUGAAACCUUCUUUGUCUUUACAUAAUUACUAUUAAUAAAAUAUUUUAAUAUCAAAAUUAAUACAUCCUCUAUUAUGGACCAGGAGAGUGUCCAAUCAAUUUACAUUGUGGAGAGUGAAGUUCAGCACAUGACACCUAAAAACAGGAGGACAGAGAGUGAAAGGUGUGUGGAAAGUAUGGUAAAAUAUUACACACUGUUAUUGCUAAGCUACAGCAUUUUUAAAAAUAGGGUAGUUUAAUUUUAUACUUGAUUCAAAAACUAAAUUAAUUUACUUUGCAAAGGAGUGCUACAAAGUGCUAAAAGGUAGUCAGUUAAUAAAAACAUACCUUUACAAUGCUUUUGGGAAACCAGGCCCUGAUCGGUAUUCGUCUAGUCUUAGUUAACAUACAACGUGUAUUCAGAAUAAGGAUUAGAACUUGAUUAAGGAGACAAAGCUACCACAGUUUCUGUUGAAGUGGACCAGGUUGUUAGCUUGUGUGCUUUUAUCCACUAGGAUAGUGCAUUUAAUCUUUCUCUCUCCAAAUUGAUUUCUGCAAAUUUAUUACCGCUGUGUUGUUUGACACCUUAGAAUGACAAACUGUCAUAUGGUUUUUGCGAUUCUUGCAAGUAGUCACAGUUUUGCUGGUCCUUCUGACUGAAUUUUCACUUUUAACUGCCUUAAUGUGUUUGGUCCCAACAUAAAGUGACAAUUAGAUUUUCAUUCUAUGUAAAACGCCAAUUUACAGUGAUUGUUAAUAAAGCUGGUACCAAAA